ACCACAUUAUGGUACAAUUUACAAUAACAAAAACAACUUUUUUCUUUUUAAUGGUAACAACAGAGUGUGGAGGGAAUCCCGCAAAAAGAAGAGAAUGUGGAUAUGAAGGAAUAAGCUCUGAAGAAUGCAAAAAGGGAAACUGCUGCUAUGACUCCAGUAUUCCAGGGGCGAUCUCGUGCUUCUAUUCUAAGUCACAAGAGUGUGGAGGGAAUCCCGCGAAAAGAAGAGAAUGUGGAUAUAAAGGAAUAAGCUCUGAAGAAUGCAAAAGGAGAGAUUGCUGCUAUAACUCCAGUAUUCCAGGGGCGAUCUCAUGCUUCUAUUCUAAGUCACAAGACAAUGCACAGUGUUUUUUGAGCCACUUUAAGAAAAAACAUUGCGGUGACGGAAUUUCCAUCAGUGACUGUUAUAAGAAAGGAUGCUGCUUCAGACGCUUUUUACCUGGAUGUUACUCUCCAGAAGAGCCACCAAAGGGUUGUGUUGGACCUCCUCAUCUAAGAAGGCAAUGCGGAUCUCAAUUGAUUUCCUAUGAAGAAUGUAUGGAGAAAAUGUGCUGUUUUGACUUCAGUAUUGCUUGGGCGAUCACAUGCUUCUAUACUCAGUCACAAGACAAGGACCAAUGCGCUGUGGACCCCCCGGACAGAGAAGCAUGCGGUGACCCCGGAAUAAGAGCCACAGAGUGUUAUAGCAAAGGAUGCUGCUUCAACUCAAGUGUUCCAGAAGAACAAGCGUGCUACAGUCCAAAAGAGCCAAUUAAUGAGUGUGGAGGAUCUCCUCAGCAAAGACGGGAAUGUGGAUAUCCAGGGAUUAGUCUUGAAGACUGCAAAAAGAGAAAGUGCUGCUAUGACUCCAGUAAAAUUGGGGCGAUCUCGUGCUUCUAUGAACAGACAACUAACAAGGCCCAGUGUAGUGUGAACCGCUAUAACAGGAAAGCAUGUGGUGACCCCGGAAUAAGCGCCAGAGAGUGUUAUGACAAAGGAUGCUGCUUCAACUCAAGUGUUCCUGGAGGAAAAGGGUGCUACGCUCCACAAGACAGGAGCAUAUCGCUGUACCUUUUCGAUUUACAUCGAUGUUAA